AUGUACGAAGACGAUGAGUUUGCGAGGUCUUUGAGACCUGCUCAGGAUGCGGUGGAUCGGGAGAGUCGAAUAUUUACGGCCGAAGACUCGGAGAUGAUGAACAUGAUCUUUCAAUAUCUGGACAACGAUGGGGAUUCGAAACAGAUUGAAACCAAGGCCACGAAAGCAUGGGAACCUCCUCGAUUAGAUUUUGAUCCUGCAUUGGUGGGGGAUUUUCAGCGUUUUGCUGAUUAUAAUGGAUCGAGUCAAGAAUCAUCGCCAUCUCCUUCGGUUUCUUUAUUCUCGGAGGUAUCUGGAAUGACCACUCCAAGAACUUUGAGCAACAGGUCUUCACGAUCUCCAAGUGGAAUGAGGCAUCAAGACGAUUUCCGCAUGACGACAAAGCCGGCCGACAAGUUGACCGUGGUGGACAGACCAGUUCGACUAACACCAUCACCUCCAACAGCGGCACAAAAUCCACCAACGUUCGAAAAUAGAGAGGUCCACGAUGAAGCCAGCUUGCCUCAACAAUCAACAUCACCCGUUGCGCCACAAGCAGCAAACUCGAGUGUUCGUCGACACGAAUUGAGGGAUCCUCAGGAGAAGAGGCAAAAUUCGUAUAACGAAGGGCACUGGCCGUCGAUGGCGACUAUCGCUAGCAAAUACGAACGCAAGGGCUCAAGAAAGGAUGCCUACCGCCACAAGAUGCUACCAGCAAUUCCCCCUCCAAUGGCUUCUGGUGCGCGGAUAGAUGAGUUGGAGGAGCUUGCUCAAGCCGUUCAACCAUCGCAACGUCAAAUUUACUUGCCUUCAGCAUACGUUCCUCAAGAGUCAAAGAGAUCUCAAGACUCCUCCCGAACCGCACACGGCCCAUCCCGAUCUCCUCCUUUGGAAUCUACGCGUGCGCAGAGUCAAAGAAGCUCUCAUGAAGUAUCCCCAUCUCCUUAUCAACCUGUCUACUCUCCAGAGAACUCCAGUGCUCGCACUUAUGAGUCGAGAAGCUCACAGAAUACUUUCCAAACUUACCGCAAUCCUCUCCCCGCCCUACCGGAGUCUGGUCCUCAGAACGUCGAACCGCCAUACUCUCCUACCUUGAACCGUCCUCAACCACCACCAACCGAUCCCAGUCUCCGCAGAUAUGAAUCUUUCAAGAUGGCAGGCGCCAGCGCAGGGAGAUAUGAGCUCAAAGAUCCACAUGAAGCCAUUCCAGUCGAUGAGGCAAGGAACAAAAGUCUCGACAACUUGGUAGGACCGAAACCGAGUCUCAGGUCUCGAUUCUCAUUCCCAAAGCCAACAAGAGCGACGAUCACCAGCUUUGUCGAUAUCUUGCCUCAAGCUCCACCUUCACCUGCUGUCACACCACCUGGAGAAUCUGGAUUGUUUCCCAUACAGCUCAGGAUCCCUACUCCGGAUUUCAGCCUACCUCCUCGUCCUCCUAAGAAGGAACUCCCGGUUGAACCACUGCCAUCAGUUUUGAGUAUUGGACAGAAAGACGCAAGUACAGGUAUCUCUACUUUCGUAUCUGACGCCACACCAUCCCGCUCUUCUAGUGGCAAUUCGACCCGCAUGUUAACCCCAAGUCUGACGAUCCAAAUCCCAGAAUCAACUAGACCAGCACCACAGAAAGUGGACAGUGAGAGGCCAGGAUUGAGCGAGGCUCUAAACAAGUUCAAGCAAGAUUCCAUGUUGGCUAGACCACGUCCCAAGCCUCAGCGUAUGGACGCUCAGGACAAUGUGUUGGUCACGAUGCCAAUGUGGAAUCCACCAGCAGUACCAGACAAGUCCAAGAUAGCUCGCACUUCGGAUUCGAUUCUGGCUCGACCUCGGCCAAAAGCGCAACCUAAGUUUGAGCUAGCUGAUACCAAUGGGAAGGCAGACGAUUGGCGAGCAUCAGCACCAGCUCCAUCCCGCCCUGAGAUUCUCAACGUCUCAGCCCCAGAGGCUCAACCAACACCUUAUAGACCAGCAUCAGUUCCCGCUCUCCAAGCCAACACUAAGGAGACUUUCGAAGAAGCAAGGCCCAAACCCAAGAAAAUAACCUUCGACGAAUCCUCCAUCUCCCCACAAGGCUACCCCCUCGAAUCCGCCGCCCCCAUGAUCCCCGCGCCCAACUUCAGCCGCACCGCCCACACCUACGCCUUCCACUCGCCCACGGCCCACGAACUCCAACACGCAGCCUCGCAAUUCGAAGUCCAAGCCCCCAUCAUCCCACGCCCACUGAACAUCGCGCCCAAGCCCCGGGACUUUGACCGCGAGUCCGCGAUCUCGAAGGCGAAACUCGCUCAGAAAGCUGCAAGCCAGGCGAAGUGGUUCCAUUCCGGGUUCUGCGCCUCGAGUACAGGAUUGCAGAUGACGAUGUCGAGACGCGUAGCCACGUUCUCGAAAUUGGAGUGGGCGGUGGAGUCCUCGGAUUCGAAGAGGGGGAUCCGGUGUUUUACGCAGACGAAUACGUUGUCGCGGCGCACGGAUUUCUUUGAUGAGAAAGGGGAGCGGUUGUUUUGUUUCCAGCGGAAGACUGGGAGUACGAGGGUUGGAGAAACCGGGGAUGGGGUGGGGUUGUUUAGUGUGAAGAAUUCGAGUUUUGGGUUGAGUCCAUAUUGGGUUGUGGAGCUGGGGGCGGGGGAGAAGUUGAUGGAUGGGGAGAGGAGGUGGGUUGCGAGGGGGAAUGAGAGCUUGACUGUUGUGGAGGUUAGUUGGGGUGGGUUUGAGGUGGGGAGGAUCAGUGUUAAGGCGCAGUUGGGGAAGCAUACUUAUACGGUUGAUGUCUCUGCGGAGAUGAAUUAUGCUAUUAUGGCGGCGUUGGUAACGGUGUUUGAUGAUUGGAGGAUGGAUCAUGCGUGCUAG